GAAUGUUACAAUUGGACAACAAUUUACCGUUAGCUAGCAUGUAGCUUUUUGUCAGCCUCUCUGGAUCUGAGUGAGACUUGUUGCAAUCAUUAGCGCCACUGGCUCACACAUACUGUCACUGUACUGUAGCUGCUCGUUGAAAUGGACAUUUUAAGAGACGAUGAAGCGCAUGAGCUGCAGUACAAACGAGGGGGCCGUUUGGAUAUGAGCCACGGCUUCCUGCACCAUAUCCGGAGGAACCAGAUCGCUAGAGAUGACUAUGAUAAGGAGGUGAAGCAGGCCAAAGAGCUUCAGCGGCGGAGGCACACCACAACUCCUAGAAAACCCCGUAGACCCGAUAUCCAAGUGUACCAUCCUCGACGCAGACAUGGGUCCGAGCCAGGGGCUGGUGCUGAGGCUGAAGAGUGGAUUGAGAGUGGGUCAAGCACAGAGACAGAGACCCAUGGAACUGAACUCUUCUGGUUGGACUAUCAGGCGGACUCUGGUUCCAUUACCUCCUUCCUUGUGCACAAGGAGGAUAAGCCCGACAAGGUGGUGGACCGUGUUGCAGAGAAGAACAUCCUAGAUUCAGCCAUGAGGGCAGCUCUAGAGGCUCGAAUUCGAAAGGAAAUGGACAAAAGACGAGACAAACGCUGAGUAAUGUUCUCAGACAGUAGAUUAUGAUGACAGAGGGGCUACCGGCAAAGAGGAGUAAUACUUCAUUUGCAGUUCUGUUCUCCAAAGCAUUAACGCUGGUGAUAGGGUUUGGGGCAUAAUGAGGACUCAUGGAUAAUGAGUGUCAGCAGAGACUUGAUGACCCACGAUCAAAGGCGUCUUCUGUUUAUAAAGGAGAAGAAACAGCACUUACCAUAGGCAGUAUGGUUGGGAGUUACCUGUCAGGUUCGUGUUUACUACAUUUGACUCAGCUUGGACUGUUACCUCAUACCCUGAUUCAUAACUUUAGGGACUCUUCAAGUUUACUGGACCUGUAAAAUGAUGUUGUUGCUUUCUAACAGUUAAAUCCAGAGAGGAGAAGGUACUCUUUGACAGAGAGCACUGUUAACCUUCCACCUCCUUUGAACAUGUCCUGUGUUUCUUGUGUUUACAAAGAUCUAGUUUUUAAAAACAAGAUUUAUAUUUUUUGGUAAAAUGCUGUGAACAGAACAUCAGUCUAUCAGCAAUCUUAUGUUUAGAAAUGUGACAACUGAGUUGUGUUUUUGAGUUGUAGAGUUUAGUGGAUGUAGCCAUGAUAAUGUGUUUGUGUGGCAACUGUAUUUCAUUGUUUUCAGUAUUCUAAUUUAUUUUUGGUUGUUGAAAUACUUUUAUUUUUAUACUGUAAUAUUUUUUUAAGAACAACUCUUUACAUAUAAAAUUACAUAAACAUAAAAGCCAUUUAUUACUGUCCAAAUGUGUCUGUAUGUGUGGAAUUGAACAGCCAUAAAAUGUGAAUGUUUUUUUCUCACGUGUUGUAAAAACACUCAAAUCUU